AUGGAACAGGAAGUCAGCAGCACUCUCGACUCCAACUCAAACCGUAUCAAUAUCUUCGACGUAUUCGACAACUCACCGCCGUCAUCCACAUCUUCUGAUUCUGAACCAAUCAUUAUAAAUGACGAUGACUCACCGAGUCCGAAGAAACGUGCAGAACUUUAUCAAUGGUUAAAUACAUCAUAUUAUGGGAGUAUUAUUAGAAAAGUUAGUGGUCAGACUCCAUAUCAACCAGAUUAUGUUCGAAUUGAAGAUAAUUUGACAGUUCCGAUAUUUGAAAACGAAGAAAUGGAUGAAUAUGGUGAUGGUAUUGAAACGAAUUCGUUAUUAAAAGAACAUAAAAUACAGAUUGAACCACAGCCAAGUAGUACAGCACAUGAGAGUCGAAGUACAGAAAGUUAUGCAUUGUGCAAGAGUUGUAUCUCUUAUAUCUCCGAUCGAAAUACGCUGAAUCAGGAGUUCCCUCCGGCAAUUUUCCCAAAGAAUCCGCAAUCUGACAUCCCAAAAUAG